AUGGCAGUUUGCGGAUUAAGGACUAUAUUACUUAUUGUCUGUAUAUUGGAAUUGAUAGUAACAAUACAGAGGCAAGUGUUUGAUUUCCUUGGAUACAUGUGGUUGCCAAUUAUUGCCAACUUUGUCAACAUAAUCUUAAUAAUAUUUGGUUCAUUUGGGGCAGUACAAUACGUAACAAAGUAUCUUUUGGCUUAUGCAAUAUGGAGUUUUAUGUGGUUAACAUGGAAUAUAUUUCUAAUAUGCUACUACCUCAAUCUUGGUAUCCUUAAUAGGGAAAGUGGAUUACUAUCCUUGGGCACUGGCAGUGUGAGUUGGUGGGAAGGAAAUGGUUGGGGAUGUCAACCAGUUUGGGGAGAGGCAGAUGGGCCAGGCACUUGGAGACCAGCAAGAGUAGAAGGUUGCUUCUUCCAAUGGCAAUAUGUUGAAUUAGGACAGUCUGCAGUUGCUUCAGUACUUACAGCCACAGCCUUGCCACUUACAAUUCUAUUAGCAUAUAAGUCAUUUAAAAAACAUAAGACUGUUCCAGAUAAAGGAACACUAUCACGCCGUCAAGUUUACACAAUAGAAUUAAGUCCCACCGAAACAAAUGUAAGUAGUGAAAGCUCUCUCAAACCAAUGACACCUCGAAGAGUGAAACGUCGGUCAGGUUCCCGCGGCGCCGGUUCUUCCGUGCGGAGAUCACGUCGAUCCUAUCGCAACGCCGGCUACUUAUCUUCAAACGCAUCUCUGCCUCACGAUUCUAGACCGUCUCGACCUACGUCAGCUCAUUCUUCAUACUCCAACUUCCACGGUGCGAGGCCUUCCUCAUACCACCCAGAAAGGGAGCAAAUACCGAAUACUCAAGACUACCCGCCACCACCGGUUGAGUCAAUACCAAUAAUCACAAAUAGGUGUGACACAAUACGACGUCCGAAGAACCAAUCUGGGCGUGACGUGGUCGGGCCUUACAAUGAACCACCGAGGACUUUUGAAACGUCCACAUACAGCAACAUAGGGUAUGAGACGGCCAGCUACGAGAACAGGGUAGUAGAGAGGGAGAGUGCUGCGUGCGAGUCGUACGAGGCGUGGGAGCCGCCCGCGCCGCCCUACGGCACUCCGCAGGCGCCCGGCCCGCCCGCCUACCAGCCCGCCUAUCCGUCCAACGACACGCACACCUAUAACAUGGUACCU